GGGGCCGCUGGGAAAUCGGCCUCCGCCCGCCGCCAUCUUGCUUUCCUGGAAGCCGGCCGUGACCGGGGAGGGGGUCACAGGACGAUCUGGAGCCAUGAAGCUGCUGACCAGAGCUGGGUCUUUCUCGAGGUUUUAUUCCCUCAAAGUUGCUCCGAAAGUGAAGCCUGCGGCUGCGCCGACAGGAGUGGCUCUGCAUCCUCAGGAUCUCGAGUUUACCAAGUUACCAAAUGGCCUCGUUAUUGCUUCCAUGGAAAAUUACGCUCCCACAUCCAGAAUUGGCGUGUUCAUUAAAGCCGGCAGUCGCUAUGAAGACACCAACAUUUUAGGGACCUCUCAUUUGCUCCGCCUUGCCUCCAGCUUGACAACAAAAGGAGCUUCGUCUUUCAAGAUAACUCGUGGAAUUGAGGCAGUUGGUGGUAAAUUAAGCGUGACCUCGACAAGGGAGAGCAUGGCUUACACGGUGGAGUGUCUGCGGGACGAUGUUGACGUUCUCAUGGAGUUCCUGCUCAAUGUCACCACCGCACCAGAAUUUCGUCCUUGGGAGGUCGCUGCCCUUCAGUCCCAGCUGAAGAUUGACAAAGCUGUGGCUUUUCAGAACCCCCAGGCUCAAGUCAUUGAAAAUCUGCAUGCUGCUGCCUACAAAAAUACCUUAGCUAAUUCCUUGUACUGUCCUGAUUAUAGGAUUGGGAAGGUGACGUCAGAGGAGUUACAUUUCUUCGUUCAGAACCACUUCACAAGUGCAAGAAUGGCUUUGAUCGGACUUGGUGUGAGUCAUCCAGUUCUGAAGCAAGUUGCUGAGCAGUUUCUGAAUAUGAGGGGAGGGCUUGGUCUCUCUGGCGCCAAGAGUCAGUACCGUGGAGGUGAAAUUCGGAAACAGAACGGAGACAGUCUUGUCCAUGCCGCCCUUGUCGCAGAAAGUGCGGCCAUCGGGAGUGCGGAAGCCAAUGCCUUCAGUGUCCUCCAGCAUGUCCUGGGGGCCGGACCCCAUGUCAAAAGAGGCAGCAAUGCCACCAGCACUCUGUACCAGGCUGUUGCCAAGGGAGUGAACCAACCAUUUGAUGUUUCUGCUUUCAAUGCCGGCUACUCCGACUCGGGGCUCUUUGGGAUUUACACCAUCUCCCAGGCUGCAGCUGCUGGAGAUGUCAUCAAGGCUGCCUAUAACCAAGUCAAAUCCAUUGCUCAAGGAAGCCUUUCCAGCACAGACAUCCAGGCCGCCAAGAACAAGCUGAAAGCUGGGUACUUGAUGUCAGUGGAGUCUUCAGAAGGUUUCCUGGAUGAAAUUGGGUCCCAGGCUCUAGUAGCUGGUUCAUAUGUGCCCCCAACCACCGUCCUUCAACAGAUUGACUCAGUCACCGAUGCUGAUGUCACCAAGGCUGCAAAGAAGUUUGUGUCUGGCCGGAAGUCAAUGGCAGCAAGUGGCAAUUUGGGGCAUACACCUUUUCUUGAUGAGUUGUGAUGCUGAAGAAAAGAGCUGAACAUUUUCUCAUCCCAGAGCAGCAAACACAUAAGCAUUUCUCUUUUUCCAACAAGGUGAAACAAUCUUAACACUUAAAAUGUAGGUCAUCAUUCUUUGUUGACCUGACGUCAAUAAAAUGUUCUAAUAUUUUUCUUGUCA